AUGCGGAUGCGCUGGCUCCUCCUCUUCGCGCUCGCCGCCGCCGCCCCCGCCGCCGGCGAGAUGGGGUACGCGCAUUGCGGCUGCGACGGCGGCGGUGGCGGCGCCGGCGCAGGCGGGUUCUGGAGCCUGGACAACAUCUUCAAGUGGCAGAAGGUGAGCGACCUGCUCAUCGCGGCGGCCUACUUCUCCAUCCCGCUCGAGAUCCUCUACUUCGUCGCGGGCCUCCGCCACCUGCUCCCGUUCCGGUGGGUGCUGGUCCAAUUCGGCGCCUUCAUCGUGCUCUGCGGCCUCACCCACCUGCUGGCGGCCUUCACCUACGAGCCCCACCCGUUCAUGGUCGUGCUGCUCCUCACCGCCGCCAAGUUCCUCACGGCGCUCGUCUCCUUCCUCACCGCCAUCACGCUGCUCACGCUCAUCCCGCAGCUGCUGCGCGUCAAGGUCCGCGAGAGCCUGCUCUGGAUCAAGGCCCGCGAGCUCGACCGCGAGGUGGUGCUCAUGAAGCGCCAGGAGGAGGCCAGCUGGCACGUCCGCAUGCUCACCCAGGAGAUCCGCCGCUCGCUCGACCGCCACACCGUGCUCUACACCACGCUCAUCGAGCUCUCCAGGGUGCUCGCGCUCAACAACUGCGCCGUCUGGAUGCCCUCCGAGGACAAGUCCGGAAUGUGCCUCACCCACGAGCUCCGCCGGGGCAGCGACGACGACGGCGAGGCCGUCGUCGCCACGGACGACGCGGACGUCCUCGAGGUCAAGGGCACCGACGGGGUCAAGCUGCUGCCGCCGGACUCGGUCCUUGGGUCCGCAAGCGGCGGCGGCAAGGAGGGGACCGGCACCGUGGCCGCGAUUCGGAUGCCGAUGCUCAAGGUCGCCGAUUUCAACGGUGGAACGCCCGAGGUGAUCAAGACGAGCUACGCCCUGCUGGUUCUGGUGCCGCCCAGCGACAGGAACUGGGCGCCGCACGAGUUGGAGAUCGUCGAGGUGGUCGCCGAUCAGGUGGCCGUCGCGCUCUCACACGCCUCGCUGCUGGAGGAGUCGCAGGCUAUGCGCGACAGGCUGGCCGAGCAGAACCGCGAGCUGCUGCAGGCGAGACGGGAUGCUCUCAUGGCGAACGAGGCCAGGGACGCGUUCCAGCGCGUCAUGAGCCAGGGAAUGCGGAGGCCCAUCCACUCCAUCCAGGGACUGGUGUCCGUGGUGCAGGAGGGCCUGACGUCCGAGAAGAAGCUCGUCGUCGAUACUAUGGCGCGGACCGCAACCGUCGUCUCAACGCUCAUCAACGAUGUCAUGGAGAUGUCCACUGCCAACCAAGAGCGCUUUCCGCUGGAGACGCGGCCAUUCCACCUGCACUCCAUGAUCAGGGAUGCUGCCUGCGUUGCCAGGUGUCUCUGUGACUUCAGGGGGUUUGGCUUCGCGGUGCACGUCGAGAACAUGCUGCCGGACCUUGUCAUUGGCGACGAGCGGCGGAUUUUCCAUGUCUUGUUGCACAUGGUUGGCAAUCUAAUUGGUCGGAUCGAUGCGGGGAACGUCACGUUCCGGGUGCGUGCUGGUGAUGAGCCGAUGGAGGACCAGAGGUGGGAUCCAUGGAGGCCAAGCUACUCCGGUGGGCACUCAUCGGUCAAGUUUGUGAUUGGGGUGAAGAGGCAGCGGAAUGCUGACUCGUCAGGUUCGCUUGCGCAGUUCUUGCGGAGGCCAAGAACCGAAGGGUUUGAUCUCAGGCUCAGCUUCAGCAUGUGCAGGAAGCUUGUGCAGAUGAUGCAAGGGAACAUCUGGGCAAUUCUUGACGGGCAAGGACUCCCAGAGAGCAUGACCCUGGUCCUGAGAUUCCAGCUUCAACCAUCGCUGGCGAGCUCCAGCCUUGGAGGAUCAUUUGAUCUGCAGUACCCAUCGCUAUCUAACCAAAUAGCCGGGCUGAAAGUUCUGCUCAUCGACGACGAUGAGAUCAACCUAGUCGUGGCGCGGAAGCUCCUGGAGAGGCUAGGCUGCACUGUAUCCUCGCUCCCCUCAGGCUCAGGGUUCAUGAACUCGGUCGGCCCUUCCUCUGCCUCGUUCCAGCUCGUCAUGGUUAACCUCGAGAUGUCGACGAUUAAUCCCCUGGAUGCUGCCUCGAGGAUCAGGCAGUACAGGAGCUCGCACUGGCCCCUGGUGAUGGCCAUGACAUCGGAGCAGAACGUGUGGGAGAAGUGCGCACAUUCAGGGAUCAACGGCGUCCUGAAGAAGCCGCUUGUUCUGCAGGAAGUGAAAGAAGAGCUCACGCGGAUUCUUCAGAACACAUGA